AUGGCUUUUUAUGAAAAGAUUUUAUUAUCAAAACAACGAUUCUCUGUUACUUCUGAUGGGGUUGAUAGUGUUCAUCGACCUAUUUCUCCGAUCUCUCCUCCGAUUUCUCCUCCGAUGACACCGCCUCCACCUUAUUCUCCGAUGCCACCAACUUUUAUUCCAAUUCAUCCGCCUCAAAAUUUAUCUAGAGUUGUGGUUAGAAUGCCUCAGCCUCAGCAACCACCACGUAGACGCAUUUCUUCAAAAAACAAUUUUGUAAAUGAUUAUAAUAACGGUAUCAAAAACGACUUUAAAUACCAUAAAUAUCCUCAAAAUCAACAAAACCAACAAUAUUCACAUAAAAGAAGGCAACAAAAUCAUCAUCGUCAAAGACAACAAUACCAUCAGAAACGUGGUAAUGAAUUUAAUCAGGUGUUCAUUCCUGUACAAGUUUGUACCCCUCCCAAUGGAAACAAUGUUAAUCAAAAGGUUCAACAAAUCUUAAUUCCAAUAUCCACUUCUCCACGUCAUGGUGUUGUUCAUGGUGGUAAUCAUCAUGGUCAAUUUAUACAUAUUCCACCUCCUCCAAGAUACUCUCCUGGUUUACCUCCUCCUAAUCAAUUUCAUCUUGUGAAAUUGGUCAAAAAUCCCGUUAUGAAUUGUUGA